GCUGAUUCGGUGGUCAACAAAAAACAGUGCAAUAUUCUGUGCAGAUUGAGAAAAUCGCCAAUUUCCUGUUCCAAUUUCACUCCCAACAAUGAGUGAAAAUGCGGUGAAAUGUGCGAAAUACUGUAAAGUGCUAAUAGUGGGCGCGGGGGCGGCUGGACUGUCCUCGGCGAACCAUCUGCUGAAGAAUGGUUGCACGGACUUUCUCAUCCUCGAGGCCAGGAACCGAAUUGGAGGUCGCAUCGUGUCUAUAGACAUUGAUUCCCAGAAGGUCGAGCUCGGAGCCAAUUGGAUUCACGGUGUCCUGGGGAAUCCCAUCUACGAGCUGGCCAUGGGAUCUGGGCUGGUGAGCAUAAUCAACAUCCCGAAGCCGCACAAGAUCGUGGCGGCGACGGAGGACGGAAAGCAGGUGCCGAUAGAUAUUCUGCACGAGAUUUACGAGGCCUACGUGACUUUCUUGCGCCGCUGCGAAGAGUACUUCCUCUGCCAGUACAUCCCGCCGCCGGACAUCCUGAGCGUGGGGGAGCACAUCGAGCUGGAGCGUGAGCUGUACUUGGAGGAGAUGCCCGAAUCGCCCGAGAAGAGGAUCAAGCAGUUGAUAUUCAAUUGCCUCCUGAAGCGCGAGACGUGCAUAACAGGCUGUGAUAACAUGAAUGAGAUUGAUCUGCUGGAGCUGGGCAGCUACACUGAACUCCAGGGCGGCAACAUCGUCCUGCCGGCGGGCUACAGCUCCAUUCUGGGUCCACUCACUGAGCAUCUCUCACCUGAGCAGAUCAUCAAAGCGUGUCCCGUGCGCACGAUUCACUGGCGACGGAAAGGCUCCAUCAGCGCCGGGAGUCUCACGACAGUGGAGGAGGACGCCGAAGGUGACUCUGAUGACUCGGACAAGACCGUGACUGAGGCGCCCACGCGCAAUUUCAACGUGAAAAUAGAGUCAGAGGCUGGAGAGAUUUUCUACGCUGAUCACGUCAUCUGCACAAUUCCGCUGGGUGUUCUCAAAGAGAAGGCCGACACGCUCUUCUCGCCAGCACUUCCCACCUACAAGCGCGAAUCCAUCGAGAGGCUCCUGUUCGGGACGGUGGACAAGAUAUUCCUUGAGUACGACAGACCCUUCCUCAACAGCACCAUCAGCGAAGUGAUGCUGCUGUGGAAUGACGACGCGACGACGACCAAGGCGAGCAUGAAGGAUGUGUGGUUCAAGAAGAUCUACUCGUUCGCGAAGGUGACGGAAACACUGCUGCUGGGAUGGAUUUCUGGUCGCGAGGCGGAAUUCAUGGAGACACUUUCGCACGACGAAGUGGCGGACAAGUGCACGGAGAUUCUGCGGAAGUUCCUUCAGGAUCCCUUCGUGCCCAAACCGAAGAGGUGUAUCUGCACGAGCUGGAGAAAUCAGCCCUUCUGCAGAGGUUCCUAUACAGCCAUGGCCGUUGGAGCGAGUCAGGAUGACAUUGAGAAUAUCGCACAGCCUCUCUACUCUGAUCCUCACCAGUCAAAGCCCUCUAUUCUCUUCGCCGGCGAGCAUACUCAUGCCAAUUUCUACUCCACCGUUCACGGAGCUUAUCUGAGUGGACGCACAGCUGCGCAGGUCAUCCUCACGCCAGACUCUCCGCAGGAGAUCGUGAUGGAGUCCGACAGCACGGAUCUCAGUGCCUGGAUUCAGGGCAUUUCACUGGACUAGGAAACACAGACACACCAAUUAAGGAGAAAAAGACGUAUCGUGACAUUUCUUCGUGCUUUUUACAUGCGAAAGAGAUUACGAAUUACAAUUGUAGAUUUUUUUUAUUUAAUAUUGUAUUGAGAAGCAGCAUUUUUCUAGUCCGACAUUUUUUUUUAUUUAAUGAAACUACCAAUAUUAAGGCUUAGUAUGAGUUACUAAAGAACACUAUCUGAGAAUAAAGUAUUGUUAAAUUGAGGAAAAAUGUGUGUUGUUUUCUGACUGUGGAAUAUCUCGAAGCAUAAGCUCUGUCCGUCGAUGCAGCAUGAGCGUGAUCAGGUGGGAAAAGGCAAAAAGAAAGAAACACAAAAUUUACAGUUUCACAAGCUCUUUUUAUAUCAUUCAUCGUGUGUUUGUGUGUGUGUGUGUGUGUGUAAUCUUAAAUAUAACGAUGUGUAGUAUAAUUAUUAAAGCAUUUUUUUCUCUUUUCACUCCUUCCACUCUCUUUACAUCUCUUAUCGCGCGAAAUAAUACAACAAAAAGAAAACGAUUAGCAAAAAUUAAAGGUGUUUUCCUCAUCGCAUUACUUCCAUUUAUGGCAUUCGGAUUACCCAUGUGUUUUUUUUUGUUUACAAAGGAAAAGACAAACAAUUCAGAAAAAUGUACAUAACAAAUUAUAUCACUUUUCGUUUCCAUUCUUAUGAGGUAGAAAUCUCGACAAACUGUCAGAUUCUUCUUUCUUUAUUUCAAAAAUUGAACAUUUUCUUUGCUGCUCCGUCGCUUUUCAAUUUUUCUCUGUCAAAUUGUGAAAUUUUACACUAUUUGCAAGAUAUCUCACAUCAUUUUCUGUAUUUUUUUUUCUUAUUUAUCAAUUAUUUUUUUUGUUUUAUACACAGACAAGACAUAAGAGAGGUUCUCUUUCUUUCUUUCUUCUUCUUUUAUAGUAUAAUCUUUAACAUCAUUUCUACACACUAUUUUCUGCAAUUUAUAACUUCUACAUGAUAAAAAAUAUAUUAGCAUUUCUAUUUGUUUCGUUUUUCACACUUUUUUGUUUCCUUAAACCUUUUUGCUUUUGAAAUCUUAAGUUCCGAUUCUACCCUACGCGUUUUGGUCGUAAAAAUUGUCAGCAUGCUUUCCAAAAAUAGUCACAAUUUCAUCUUUUUUCACACACAACAAUCUGUCCUCUUCUUUUCCUCCCCUUUUUUUUAUUCUGUAACAUCAGUGAAAACCUCUCGAAAAUACCAUCAAAUCUCAUAAGAGACACGUUGAACUGUGAAUUACAUCAAAUGUAACAGUUUUUACAUUGAUUAGACAUUUAGUUAUUACAAAGAGUUUAACAGAAAUAUAUUGUGACUAAUAUUUAAUGCAUGUUUUAUGGCGAAAGUCACUUCCAGACACUGUGUCGGAAAAUCUCUUCUCUGGCUUGAACGUGUGUUGUUGCCCAAAAGGAGGUUAAACCACUUCUUUGUGGCACUUUCAGAGGAUCAACAUGACAAAAUUACACUUAUUUUCAACCAUUCAUAAAGAUUAAUACGGAGAAAGGAGUUGAACUUGAGGGAAAAUUCCCACCAAUUUGACUGAUUGAAUAUCAAUAAUGAAUAUUUUUACAUUGGAAUUUUGAAAGAACUUGUGAAAUAAAUUUUAAUCAAAUACAUAUUUUUCAUUACAAUAUACAAUUACUUAAUUCCCGAAACCACUUGAAUAGAUGCUCAACAAGAAUUGGCAAUAAACAAUCAGUCAAAGAGGGAUUUUUUUUAGCUGUACGUAAAUCUCAACAUUACUUUUCGCUCAAUGCAAUGUAAAUGUUUUGCCUCUACAAUUUUUUUUCAACAGUGAAUUUAUUAUUAUUAAUGUAAGACAUUACGGUAGGUGUAAUUGAGAAUACUCUCCAAUGUUUCUCGAUCGUGAGAAGAAGCAAAAUGAAUGAUUUUUUGCCAUCUUAGAAAUAAAAUCGUUAGAUUAUAUCAUUUCCAUGUGUUAGUAACAAUGAAUCACAGAUCAGAUAAAUUAGUAAGAUUUUUUUUUAAACAUUUCCAUGCCGUUUCCACACUUUUUCUUUCUUUCUUUCUUUUUACUUCGGUAUAUAGUGAAUGAUUCUGAUAUUAUUUUUGCUUACUCUGUAAAGACUGUUUGUCGCUAUGUAAAAAAUUGAUAAAGUAUAAAGUAAACUUCAAGUAUUAUAGACACUUUUUAUCAUCAUUUCUUAUAGUAAAUAACAUUUUUUUCCUUCUGUGAUUUUCUUUGUACCAACAUUCGUUCAAAAAAUAUUAUAUAUUUUUUAAUAUAUCCUUUAUAUAAUAUGUCUUCACAAACUAUUUUUCUUCCUUAAUAUCUAAUCACCCCCAAAAAUAUAUGAUUUUUUCCUCUCUUUACCAUUAUGUUUUUCUUCAUUUUCUCUCUCUAUCUCUGUUUUUUUUUUCUUUAGUAGAGUAAGUAAUAUAGUUAAAUUAUUACAAUAAAUAUUAUAGAAUUUCUCUCAGCUUUCUCAAAGACAAUCUCUCUCUUUAAUCAAGCAAUCUACAUACUAAUGGUGCGUUCUCUCUUCGCAAUUUUUGUAUCGUUUCUUAAUAAUCCAACGUUUCAUCGCAAAAUCUUAAUGCAAAACUAUAAUUAUUACUCAAUUUUUACUUCAAACAUGAUAUACAGAUAUUAUGUAGAUAAAAAAAACACUUCUCACUUCUAAUAUUACGACAAUA